GAUGAUGAAGUUAAUCUUUUAGCAAUUGUUGUGGAUGCAAACCCUAUAUGGUGGGGAAAACAGGCACUCAAUCAGUCAGCUGUAACACUUCCAAAAUGCAUGGAUGCAGUCAUGGUGAUGGGCAAUUCCCAUUUAUUUAUGGGUCGUAACAACAAACUUGCUGUAAUUGCCAGUCAUUUACAAGAAAGUCGCCUCCUUUUCCCAGGCAAGCAGUGGAAGAGUGGAGACUUGUCUGGGGAGUCCUCCAUUUUGGAAUCAAAUGUAUCUGGAAGCAAGGAUGGCAAAUAUGAAUUACUGACAGCAGCCAAUGACAUGAUUGCUGAAGAUAUCAAAGAUCUAAUGACCAAAGGAACUGAAGUGAAAGGACAGCGCACAGAUACUAUGUUGGCAGGAUCUUUAGCAAAAGCUCUUUGCUACAUUAACCGAAUAUAAAUAAAGAAACCACAGCUGGACAAGAAGUGAAAUCCAGGAUACUGGUCAUUAAAGCAGCAGAAGAUAGUGCUCUACAAUAUAUGAACUUUAGAAUGUCAUAUUUGCUGCACAAAAACAGAACAUUCUCAUUGAUGCAUGUGUACUGGACACAGAAUCAGGACUUUUACAGCAGGCUUGUGACAUAACAGGGGGAAUAUAUCUGAAGAUACCUCAAGUUAACUCACUGUUGCAGUAUUUGUUGUGGGUUUUCCUUCCAGAUCCAGAUCAAAGGACUCAGCUGAACCUGCCCCCUCCAGUUCAUGUGGAUUACCGUGCUGCAUGUUUCUGCCAUCGGAACCUGAUUGAAAUUGGCUAUGUUUGUUCUGUCUGUUUAUCUAUAUUCUGCAACUUUAGCCCCAUCUGUACCACUUGCGAGACAGCAUUUAAGAUCUCUUUACCCCCUGUUAUGAAGGCAAAAAAGAAGAAAUUAAAACCUAUGUUUUAG